CUGAUACAUUCGCGCCUGGGCGGGGUGGGCGGACGGCCGUAGCGGCGGCGGCUGCGGCUGCGGCUGCUGAAAGGAGCGGAGAGUCCGGGGGCGCCUGACUGUCGUGGAGACCUCACCGACCCGGGGCGGCGGGUGCGGCCAUUUUACGGCCCGGGACUGAGGGAGGCGUGUUUGUGUGCUCGCCCUCAGACUCUCUUCCUGCGGGCCCGCCGCUAGGGGAAGCUUCUCGGGCGGCCUGGGCGGGCGGUGGAUGGGGAGUCGCGGGCCGAGAGGCACCGGGCCCGGGAAGCGCCGUCGCCGUCGUCGCCGCUCGAGUUCGCCCGGCGGAGCCUGAGCAGCCCAGGCUGCGGGUCUCGCCGCCCGCCCGCGGAUAGGCCCGGGAGCCGGCCUGCUUUUGUGUAGGCCCGUCCGGACGGGGGAGCGCCGCCCGCCUGACGGCCGAGUCCUAGGCCCGCAACCCUGCGGCGGCUCCCCUCCUGCGGCGCGGCCCCUCAUCCCGGCGAACGCGGCGGCGGUGUGGGCCAUGGAUUAGGGAGGCGGCGGCGUGGGAGGAGGAAGAUGGCGUCUGGCAAGAGAGACGGCAGCGCCGGGGAGAUUACUUUUUUAGAAGCGUUGGCUAGAUCAGAAUCUAAAAAAGAUGGAGGAUUUAAAAGAAAUUGGAGCUUUGAUGGAGAAGAAAGUGAAGGAGAUACAGAUAAAGAUGAGGCAAAUCUACUCAGUGUAGAUGAAGAUGAGGAUUCUGAAACCUCAAAAGGAAAAAAGUUAAAUCGUCAGUCUGAAAUUGUUGCUACUAGUCCUGGUGAUCCCUGGAAGACAUGUGCAAAACGAAGCAGGAGUGAAAGCUUAAAACCUUUGAAAGGCAACCCAAUUGGACUUAACAUGUUGAGCAACAAUAAGAAAUCGAGUGAAAAUACACAAAAUGCAUCAUUAUGUUCUGGAACUGUAAGACGUUUUCCUCAUGCUAAUGCACAGAUAGCAAUAGUAAAAACAGCAGCCCAAAGCAGUCUGGACCGAAAGGAAAGGAAAGAAUACCCACCUCAUGUCCAAAAAUUUGAAAGUAAUCCUGUAAGGUUAAGUCGGCCCCAAAGUGUUGAUCGUAUAAUGAAAAAAACAGAAGAGUCUGAAUCACACCUGGAAUCUGAAAUUAAAAGGAAAGUUGCACAGAAACGUUACAGUAGUACAUUUCAGUCUACCCCACAUUCUCUGUCUCCUGCUUCCAAAAAAUGUUUACCUGAUAUAGAGGUUUCUAAACAGUGUGGAUAUUGUCCAAAAUGUGGAAAAGAAAAAGAAAAUCAGACCAAAUGCCAAAGUUGUGGUAUUCCUUUUCCUAAGGAUUUGCAAAGAAAUUGCAGACAAGCUGUAACUUUGAAUGAAUCUACUGGAUUAUUAAGAACAUCAAUUCAUCAGAAUUCCGGAGGACAGAAGUCACAAAACACAGCAUUACCAGCCAAGAAGUUUUAUGGCAACAGUGUGGGAAAGGUUCCAAUGGAUAUUAUUGUAAAUUGUGAUGAGAGUGGACAGAAUUAUUUACAGACUAAUGGGAAAGUCAUUUUACCUAGGGCAAAAGUAGCCAAAAUCACAAACCUGAAAGAAAGGAAAACAAGCCUGUCAGACCUAAAUGAUCCAAUCAUUUUGUCCAGUGACGACGAUGAUGAUGACAGUGAUAGGACUCACAGAAGAGAAAGCAUCUCUCCUCAACCUGCUGAUUCAGCAUGUUCUUCCCCAGCACCAUCCACUGGAAAAGUAGAAGCAGCACUAAAUGAAAACACCUGUAGAGUAGAGCAUGAACUAAGAAGCAUUCCAGCAGAUUCAGAAUUAAAUACAGUUACCUUGCCAAGAAAAGCAAGAAUGAAAGACCAGUUUGGUAAUUCUAUUAUCAGCAUACCUCAAAAGCGUCGCAAAGUGAUUUCUCAAGAAACUUUAGUUGAUCCUGUAUCUUUAAUCUGCCAAAGUUCCUUUAAUAGCGUGAUUUUAAACUGUCGAAGUAUACGAGUAGGAACAGUCUGCCGACUAUUAACAGAGCCUGUAAUUUUUUGUUUAGAUGUUAUCAAGAUACAGCUAGAAGAAAAGGAACCUGUAGAGAUUACUUUAAAUACCUCUGAUCUAACAAAAUGUGAGUGGUGUAAUGUCCGAAAAUUACCAGUGGUGUUUCUUCAGACGACAGCAGCAGUUUGUCGGAGGCUGAGCAUGCAACUGCGGAUGAACAUGGAUAAUAAAGUUCGGAAUGACUGUAAAGGAAUAAAUAAGUUAACAAAUUUGCAAGAACAAUACAUAAUUCUAAUUUUUCAAAAUGGCCUUGAUCCUCAGGCAAAUAUGGUAUUUGAAAAUAUCAUUAUUGACAUUGGUAUAAAGAAUAAAGUGUCAAAUUUUUUUGUGAAAAUUCCCUUUGAUGAAGCCAAUAGCAGACUUGUUGCCUGUACAAGAACCUGUGAAGAGAGCAGCAAAGGAAGUUGUGUGCAGAAAGAAAACAAAAUUAAAAAUGUGUCCCUUGAAUCUAAAAUACAACUUAAAAACAAACAAGAAUUCCAGUUUUUUGAUAAUGAGGAGGAAACUGGAGAGAGCCACACCAUCUUCAUGGGCCCUGUAGAAAAAUUGAUAGUGUAUCCACCACCUCCAGCUAAAGGAGGCAUCUCCGUUACUAAUGAGGACCUGCAUUGUCUAAGUGAAGGAGAAUUUUUAAAUGAUGUUAUUAUAGACUUUUAUUUGAAAUAUUUGGUGCUUGAAAAAUUGAAGAAAGAAGAAGCUGACCGAAUCCAUGUAUUCAGUUCUUUCUUCUACAAACGCCUUAAUCAGAGAGAGAGGAGAAAUCUUCAUGAAACAACUAAUCUAUCAAUACAGCAGAAGCGACAUGCAAGAGUAAAGACAUGGACCCGGCAUGUAGAUAUUUUUGAAAAGGACUUUAUUUUUGUACCCCUUAAUGAAGCUGCACACUGGUUUUUGGCUGUUAUUUGUUUCCCUGGUUUGGAAAAACCAAAGUAUGAACCUAAUCCUCAUUACCAUGAAAAUACAGUCACGCAAAAAUGUUCAUCUGUAGAGGACAGUUGUAUUUCUUCUCCUUCAGCCAGUGAAAUGGACAGUUGUUCACAAAACUCUGCUGCCAAGCCUGUAAUUAAGAAGAUGCUAAACAGAAAGCAUUGUGUAGCUGUAAUUGAUUCAAAUAAUGAACAGGAAGAAAGUGACCCUCGUUAUCGGAGAAACAUUAGCAGUGUGAAAUGUAGUCUGAAAAAAAUAAAUCAUACUGCAAGUGAAAAUGAAGAAUCGAAUAAAGGAGAAUCUGCAUGCCAGAAAGUUGUUGAUAGGACUAAAAGUGAGAAUGGCCUACAGAAUGAAUAUUUAAGUUCUAUGCACCAUACAGAUGGCUUAAGCAAAAUCAGACUAAACUACAGUGAUGAAUCAGCUGAAGGUAGUAAAAUGCUUGAAGAUGAACUCAUCGACUUCUCAGCAGAUCAGGAUAACCAGGAUGACAACAGUGAUGAUGGAUUCCUUGCCGAUGACAACUGCAAUUCUGAAGUAGGACAGUGGCAUUUAAAGCCUACUAUCUGUAAACAACCUUGUAUCCUACUGAUGGACUCACUCAGAGGCCCUUCUCGGUCAAAUGUGGUAAAAGUUCUAAGAGAGUAUUUAGAGGUCGAAUGGGAAGUUAAAAAAGGAAGCAAAAGAAGUUUUUCCAAAGAUGUUAUGAAAGGCUCUAAUCCAAAAGUACCCCAGCAAAACAACUUCAGUGAUUGUGGUGUAUACAUAUUGCAGUAUGUAGAGAGCUUUUUUGAGAAUCCAAUUGUCAAUUUUGAACUGCCUAUGAACUUGGCAAACUGGUUUCCUACCCCAAGAAUGAGAACAAAAAGGGAAGAAAUCCGAAACAUAAUUCUAAAGUUGCACGAAGAUCAGAACAAAGGGAAAAAUAAGCAUAAGGACACUUAUUCUGCAGAAACAUCUAUAGGCAAAGGAGCAGAACAGUAUGUUAAUAACAUCUCAGACUGACCAUUUUUAAAGCUUGUCAGUAUUGCCUUCACAAACUGAGUGACUUUCAAUGAUAUAGACAAUAAAGAACUGAAGUGCUCACUAUGCACAGUGAUUUGGAAAUGUUAAUGCUUGUAUAAAUGUCAUAUAAUAAAUUUCAAAUGGAAUAUGUAUUAAAUAAAAGUCUGUAAAUAUGUCAAUGAGGCCAAUUUUUCCAGCAUUUA